GGGGCACGUACCGACCGCCAGUUCGCGUCUGUUUUGCUGAAGGUGCGGACUUGCUGCACUACUAUGUACGCCGGCACGAGGCAUGUGCUCAGCGUGUUCAUCGUCAGUUUUUUAUCCGGAAAUGUUCAUGUGUCUCGCGAGGACCUCAUUGCCGAAAUGCCCAAGUUUGCAGAAUCGAUAGCUAAUGUCACAGUUCCUGUCGGUAGAGAAGCGACUUUAGUAUGCAUUGUGGAUGAUUUAGGCUCAUAUAAGGUGGCUUGGCUCAGAGUAGACACCCAAACAAUAUUAACUAUUCACAAUCACGUUAUUACUAAAAACCAUCGAAUCGGUGUGUCUCAUACAGACCAUAGGACGUGGCAUAUACAUAUUCGAGAAGUGAGAGAGUCUGACAGAGGAUGGUAUAUGUGUCAAAUUAAUACAGAUCCGAUGAAAAGUCAAUUGGGUUUCAUGGAAAUUGUAGUACCGCCAGACAUAUUGGACUAUCCAACAAGCACAGAUAUGAAUGUUCGUGAAGACAGUAAUGUGUCUUUAAGGUGCGCCGCUUCCGGAUCGCCAGCUCCGAACAUCACAUGGCGACGAGAAGGGGGGGAACUAAUACAGUUAGAACGAGGGAAACAGGUUCAUAAUGUGGAAGGGCCUAUUCUCAACUUAACUCGGGUCAGUCGGAUUCAUAUGGGAGCUUAUUUGUGUAUAGCGUCUAACGGUGUACCUCCAUCAGUCAGCAAACGAAUUAUGUUGGUUGUAAACUUCCCACCGAUGAUUUGGAUUAAAAACCAGUUGAUAGGUGCAGUUAUUGGACAAUCGCUGAUGCUAGAAUGUUUGUCAGAAGCACAUCCUAAGUCGAUCAACUAUUGGACCCGAGAGGCCGGCGAAAUCAUUGCUCAUGGUGAAAAAUACGAAACAGAUGAGCAUAUUACCGAUCAAUAUAAAACAAGAAUGAUUCUUACUAUAAAGUCAGUCACAAUUGAAGAUUACGGUACGUACAAGUGUCUGUCUAGAAACGCACUAGGAGACACAGACGGCACAAUAAAAAUAAAUCAAAUUAAAAAUGGAGGUGAUCGAACAUAUACAAGAUCAAAACACAAAUAUAAGAAUCGAAAUCGAACAAGGACACGAACGAAUUCGAAUGAUAUAAGAGAUUCAGCUUUUUUAUCAACAGAGGAAAAAAACGACAUUACAGAGUACGAAGAUGAUAAUGAUGAUUAUGAUAACGGUUUUCAACCAACGUCGGCAUCAUUAUACAUUUUAUUAAUGUGCGUUGGAUUUAUAUUUGUAUAGUUAACAUAUCAUCUUAUUUUAAAUUAACUUUACAGUUUGUUUAUAUUUUUAUAAAAUAAGUGCGGUCGAAAUCCUCAAUAUUUUGUUUGUAAAAAACUAAAUACAUGAAUAAGAUAAUGAAUAUCUUGAAAAUCUUUGUUAAAAUCUUUGUAGAUAAUUAUUAUUUAUUUUAAUUUAUUGUAUCAUGGGAUUAGCCAAAUUAUUUUUGUAAUUUUAUCUCUGCAAGUAGGUCUAUUGGUUAGGAUAAAUGUGUUGUUCUAGGGCAUAUAAUUUUUAAUUGUAAAAAAAGAUAUCCAAAAAUAAAUCACAAGACUGACUACUAAGUGAGCAUUCAUUAAGCUUGAUUGCUUACCUAAUCCUGUAUUAAUAAUAUGAUUAUAAAAUUAUUGUAUUUAAUGUAUACUUAAGAACUUUAACUUGUACAUAUCAUUUGAUGCUAUCCGUAUUUUAAGUAUGAAUUGAAAAUACGAUUUUACUAUUUAAUGUAUAGAAUAAUGUAAUUUAAUAUGUAAUAGAUUUAUAAAAUGACUUUAAGUUAUUAAACAAUUUGUAACUAUUGAUAAUUAAUUAAAUAGUAGAAUAUAUUCUGUGAGCACCUCUUUUUGUUGGAAAUUACAUUUAAUUAUUUAAAAGCGUCUAAUUAAGCGUUUU